ACCUAAAGCCCAAGAAGAAAAACAAAGUUACGAAGUAUCGAACUCAAGGCCCGAUUAGAAGCCCAAAGAAUAGCCCACAGAAAUCUAACAAAAUUACCACAUUGCCACCACAUAUUUCCGAUUACAGAAUCAGAUCAUAUUUCUUCGGACCGUUACCAAACAACGCUCCCCAAUUCUUCUCUAUGGAAGCUCGGCGAUCCAUUCCUGGAAAGUUGCUGGGGACGGCGGAAAUCGCGCGGAAAGAAUCGCCAAGGAGUGCAUCGCGAAAACUUUGAUCAUGCGGUGCAAUCGGAGCCUUCUGAUUGCUCGUUGAACGUUCACCCUCGCCGGGAGAAGAUUGCCGGAGAAUUCCGGCAGAAGAUAAACCUAGUUUCCGAAGGAGAUGGACGUGAUGAUGAUGAUGAUGUGGUGAGGGAGGAUGAAAUCUCUGACAAGGGACUCUGCUUCUGUGAAAUUGGAUGAUAGAAUCUGAAUCUUCUGGUCGAUCGGGGAUACAGAGGGAACGGGAGAUUCCGGUGUUGGCGAGGGAUUUCAUAAGCCUUGGAUCCAAAUCACAUGAUUUGACAUGUUUGUUGGAGAGUCAGAGUGAGCUCACAAGUGAUGGUACGGAUUCCGGAGGAGGAAGAACCGAAAUGCCAUAGUUUAUCCCGACAUCCACGCCUGGAAACAAGCAGGAAAAUCGGAGAAAAUAUCUCACACGAUCAUCGAAAACGAAGGAUGAGAAGUGAGAAAAACGCAGAGACUCGGGGCCAGUUUUCUCGGGAACGAAACAGAGGAUUGCCAUCUUCUUCCUCCUCUUCCUCCUGUUACCUCCAACUAGCGAUUGAAUCAUGGAGCAAGAACAGAUCCAACGAAAAUACAAACGAGAAUUCCAAAAAUAUCCCACGAGAUUUUUCUUCCUUAUCUCCUCCUCCUCAUCGUCGUCGUCGUCAUCAUCAUGAUCAUCAUCCUCAACUUCUUUCCGUCGUGAUAUUUUGGUGAACCAACUAAGGGUGAACGGGGGGCCUUUUCACAUAUAAGCGCAAAGGAUAAAAAAAUUAAACAAAUCCGCGAAAAGUCUACGACGGUUUGCGCAUCGUCCGAGCGAUGGAGAGAGACGACGGCAGCGGCGGCGGUGGUGAUGGGAGGGUGAAGGGUUUGAUAGAGAAGGCGACGAACUCGACAGCGCGUGAGGUUGACCCGCGGCUGCUCAAGGCGAUCAAAUAUUGUGUCCGGUAUUCUGAUCCGGAUCUCCACCUCGCUUCGCAAACCCUAAUGGGCCUCAUGAAACGUGAUCACUCUCAGGUUCGAUACCUAGCGCUUCUCGUAAUCGACGAGCUCUUCAUGAGAUCGAAGCUCUUCAGAACUCUAAUGGUGGAUAAUCUUGACCAGCUACUGAGUUUAAGUGUUGGGUUUAGAAGUAAUAUGCCUCUUCCUGCACCCGCGGCUAUUGCGACCCUUUUGCGGUCGAAAGCUAUCGAGUUCUUGGAGAAGUGGAAUUCGUCGUUUGGGUUUCACUACAAACAUCUAAGGCUUGGGUUUGAUUACCUUAAGAAUACGCUCAAGUUCCAAUUUCCUAAUCUGCAGGCAAAUGCUGCACGGAUCCAACGAGAGAGGCAGGAGAGGGAGGUGAGGACUAAAGAGAUUUUACGGAACAAGUUUGAAUCUUUGAGGGAAGACUUUUCAGCUAUAAAGGACGAGAUUGAUGAAACAAUUAAGGAAAUCAAGGAGUGUCUGGAAAUUGUUCAGGCAAAAGGGGAUGCUGGGGUGCCGCUUGCUAUGUUGGAUGAAGAAGAUUUGGAGGAGUUCCGUUCUCUUCAGCUAAGGCAAAUUCGAUUCGACUCUCUAAGAGAAUCGGAAAAGAUACAAGAAACUAAUGAAAAUAGAGUGGUAUUUGAUGCAUUGAGGGAACAGUGCAAGCUUCUGGUGACGAAGCAUCUGGUCUCUGUUCAAGAAUGGAUAUCGGUUCUCAUUAGAGUUGAAGUGGCUGAUAACAGGACGAGAGAUUCCAUGUUGAAGGAGUUUAUUGAUAUCAGGAAUAAUAUCUUGGCAGUAAAGAAAAAAUGUGAAGAGGCUGGUUUUGCUCUACCAAAAGCAACUGGCCAUGGAAAAGAAGAAAUGGAUGAUGAAGAAGAUAUCUGGGAGGAGGGUGAGGGUAAUAUGAGAACCGAAUCAGUAAAAGUUAUGGCUCCUGAUAAAGGAAAUCAGGAAGUUGGGAAUUCAUCCAUGUCGUCUUCAAGCGAGACUAAAAGGCCCACCUCGGGACCUAUGUUGAAUGAAACCUUGAUUAGUAAAGAUUACAAAAACAGAAGAGGGUCUCUUAGGGAUAUGCUAUUAGCGGAAGCUCCACUGGUGAAAUGGGGAUCACAGCUGAGUAAUUGGGACUCUACCACAGAAGUUCUAGCUAACCACCGGGGCCUGGAGCUUGAGAGCCACUGGGGCAGGGUGGAUCAAGAUGCUGUAAUUCCAGCGGAGAAAAUAGCAGAACUGAAUCUUCAGGCAACUGUUUAUAAAGAAGAUAGAUCAGAGAUUCUUCCAUGCCGUGCUCCUUUGAGGAAAGGUGGUCUUUGUGAGAGAAGAGAUCUACGAGUUUGCCCCUUUCACGGACCCAUCAUACCUCGGGACGAUGAAGGAAAUCCCAUCUCUCAGGAGCCUUCAUUGGACGAAAGGGUAAGCUCUUCCGCGGAAGAGAAAAUCGACCAGGAUUUCCCUAUGCAUGAAACAGUUUCAGAUACCGAUCAUGAUCACUUGGCAAGGAAAGUAGCAAAACAAGCAGUGAAGAAUAUCCGGGAGAGAGACAAAGAAGAAAUGAGGAAAAGGGCAAAUCGUGCAAAGCUUGCUAAGGUCAGACAACACAAUGAUUCAGUUCUUCGUGAUGCUGCUCUAGCCUCGACCUCAAGGUCCGCUGCUGUGGUUGACGAUGACGAGUUCGAUAGAUUAGCAGCUGCAAGAAACAAGAAAGAAUCCCUUUCUUCCAUGUUGCAUAUGAAAGUGACAGCAAAAGACAGGUUAACACAGAGACUGCUUAACAACCGAACCAAAGGUGCAGCAACCAGACAGCUGACUCAGAAAGAUGAUGAGAGACACCGGGAAUCAUCUGCUAACCAGUGGUAAAACCCUUUUCUUUCCCAGUAGAGAUAUUCAGUUCUUUAUUAUCCAGGAGGAGAAUCUGAUGCCAUACUGGUCUUAUGCCCGAAAACGGUGGAGAACCCGGUUACUAGAUUUUGCCUGCAAGCUCUGUAUAUAGAGAGGUUUUUUUGAAAUUUGUUAGUUUUCUCAGACAAAAACCCAACAGGAAGAGUGUGAGAGUUGUUUGAUUCAAUGACAAGCAAACUGGAUUUCUGUUUGUCACUUUCCCCACGUGUUGUUGUCGAGGACAAAUCAUUGGAGGAAUAAUGGUACAAUAUUUCGUUUUCAAGAGAGAAUAAUGGAUGGGAAGUACAAAGGAAAACGUGGCUUUGCUUCAUAAAUCAGAAAACGAGGAAGCAUUAUCGUCUGUGUGUGAUAUUAUUAUCGGUCUUUUUAUAAUCUUGAAGUGACUUUGAACCCAAGCUUCAUUUGCUAGUAGUGCCCCAUCUUUCUCAUCAAACCCUAAGGAAAGAUGCCCAUGUUGUUUUUGUUCUA